UUUCCCAUUACAGACUGUUACGCCAAGGAAAAAAAAAUAAAAAGCUGAAAGGUGUCUCUCUGAAGCAAGCUCUCUCUCUCUUUUUUUUUUUCUCUCCACACAUUAUAUAUCUACAGUAUCUUCUUCUUACAUAAAGAGAGACUGUGUUUCAGGGCAUGGUGAGAGAGAAGAGAUAAAAGCACACUUCUUUCUUCGAUUUGGGAAUAUUUAAAGAUUGCAUUUUUCAGCAAACACCAUUGUACUAAUAAGUAUUCAUACAUAACAACACUGUUUAAAAAAACUUUACUAAAGUUUGAAGAUUGAUCGGAAGAAAAUCGAAUUCUGAUCAAUGCUGGAUCGGCUAAUUUGUCGUUUCAUUUGAGAAUCUUAUCAACGAUUCGCAAAUUUUGCUCUACGAAAGAGUCUUUUCACUUGUGUGAGAUAUGAAGGCGGAUACUGUUCUUGACUAUGCUGUGUUUGAGCUUUCUCCCAAACAUUCACGAUGUGAACUGUUUGUAUGGAGUAAUGAAGAAUACGAGAAACUGGUUUCAGGAUUGAUACAACCAUUUCUCAAUCAUUUGAGUGUUCUUGAAUCACAAGCUUCGCAGAGAACAGAAUCCUCUAUUAGACUGGAUUUUGAAAAAAGCGAAAAUGGCCUAAAAUCUUGGUUCACAAAAAGAACACUUGAAAGAUUUGUUCAAUAUGUUCAUAGUCCAGAAUUGUUGGAAAGAGUCAAUACAUUUGAUUUGGAGAUGUCACAGUUGGAAGCAGCUCGGACAUUAUAUUCUCAAGAAGAUGGAGGCGUAGCAGAUGCAACAAAGAAAGAGCUCUCAAGAGCUAUAGAUUUGAGACUCGAGGCAAUUAAAAAGGACUUAACCACGGCGAUUACUCAUGCGUCAGCUAAUGGUUUCGACCCUCAAACUGUUUCUGAUCUCCAGCAUUUUGCUGAUAGAUUUGGCGCACAUCGUUUGGAUGAAGCAUGCGGCAAAUAUAUUUCAUUAUCGCAAAGAAGACCAGACCUGAUCACCAAGAACUUGAAUACUAAUACACAAACAUCAGCCAAUGAAACACAUAUCAGUCCCCAUCAAAUUACUAAUAGCAACACAAAGAAUGAGGAGGAGGAAAAAGAUGUGAGUUUGGAAGAAUCUUCUACGGUUAAGACCAUUCAUCAUACAAGGAGACUUAGCGUACAAGAUAGGAUUAACCUCUUUGAGAGCAAACAAAAGGAAAACUCAAACUCUGCUGGAAACAAACCGGUAGUUGUUGCGAAAUCCACAGAAUUGAAGAGACUUUCCUCUGAUGUCUCAUCAGCAUUCCCUGAGAAGUCUGUUUUGAGAAGAUGGAGUAUUGUUAGUGACAUGAGCUUUGAUUUUACAAUGGAUAAUAAGAAGUCUGACUGUGGUAGCACCGAAGAAGGUCUUCUGAGUACACCUUCGUCCAUUCCUGAUGCCACAUUCCCCAAGGAGUCUGAAGAGAACAGUACAAAGGAAGAAGAUGAUGUGCGUUCCCGUAAAUCUGAUAAUGAUUCACAAAACCAGACUGAUAGGCCAGGGAACGUCAUGACUGAUGGCAAUUCCAUGCAGAGUGAAGAUGAGAGCUAUGCAUCCAAAUCACAGAAUGUGGCACAAUCAUCAGUCAUGUUUCCUUAUCGACACUCGCGUUCUCGGUCGGCUCAUGUUGCAGGUGGUAUUGAUAUCAAAAGUGAUGAACGUCAAUCGAAAGGCAGGAAGAAAGAGCUGUUUCCAUCAGACAAGCAACCAGCCUUAAAAACAUGUACAAAACCAGUUUCUGCAGGGUCUGAUGAACAGAGACAAAAAUCAUUUGGUGUUGAGGAUGAUCUUGAGGUUAGUCUUGUAAAUGCAGAAUCAGCUGGGAAAAGUUACAAUAAUAGAGUACGUGCGACAUCUGUGGAUCAAACACAAAGGACAAGAAUGUCUAGAGAAAGCCUUCCAGGAUUUAAUGAUGAGUUGCAAAUAAAGGCUGGUGACGAUAAAGACCACGGUAAUGUUGUAAUGCGGCGGAACUUAUCUGAGUUAAGAUUCUCAGAUGACUCUAAAGGAAAGUUGUAUGAAGAGUAUAUGAAGAAAAGGGAUGCAAAACUAAGAGAAGAGUGGAGUUCAAAAGAAACUAAGUUGAAGUCAAUGCAAGAAGCUCUUGACCGAAGUAGAACUGAGAUGAAGGCUAAGUUUUCUACUGCUUCCGUAAAGAGGCAGGAUUCGAUAUCAAGUACCCGCCAACGUGCAGAGAAGUUCAGAUCUUUUAAUUCUCGGACAAGUACAAAAAAGUGUCAGCAUCCUAUAAGCUCAUUACAGAGUGAAGAGGAAAAUGAAAAAGAUAAGCCAGUCAGUGGACAGCCCAUUGGAAAAAGUGCUUCUAGGAGCUCCCAAGUAAGAAAGGUUCCAUCACCAAACCGAAGCUCCAGAGUCUCGAAACCGACAGGUAAAGUUUCAAACACAAACAUUAAUACUUCCGGGAGAGGUCGAAAAACAGCAGACACAAACGUGGUUGCACAAUCUUCUCUCCCUAAAUUCUCUGAUCUUAAAAAGGAAAACACAAAACCAUCUUCUUUAGCUGGUAGAAAUACUACUACUACUACUACUACCAUGAUGCGAACACAGGUGAGAAGUAGUAAUAAGAAGACUUCAAAGGAAGAUAUACCGUCUCCUGUUGUGCCACGAAGACCACGAUCACUAAGGAAAAGCUUCUCUGCAAACAUAGAAUUCACAGAGUUGACAACUCUGUAUUCUGAUGAUAUGAUGAACAAUGAGAGGAAUCAGAAGCAGAACACAGAGGACAAUGAUGAUGUAUCAGAGAAUUUGAAAGUUGAAGAAUUUGAGGAAAUUGAAUCCGAGGCAGAAGAAGAAGAAAAAGAAGUUUUGGAGAAUCCUGUUAAAGAAGAAGAAGUAGAAGCUAGAGAAAUGGAAACUCUAGUAGUUGAGGAUAUUGGUGAUGAAACGCCUUCACUUACUGAAAUAGUUGAGAACUCAUCAGAGGAUGAAAAUUUCACUUCAUUGAGAUCAGUUUCUCAUGUAGACUUACCUGCGAAUACUCUACCUUCUUCAACAUUGCAGCAUAAUUUUGCCUCGUUACUGGAUUCACCUAGUGAAAGUCCUCUUUCAUGGAGCUCAAACUUGCAACACGGGUUCUCUUAUCCACACGAGCACUCGGAUGUUGAUGCUUCAGUGGAUGAUUCUCCCAUGGGAAGUCCAGCUUCUUGGAGUUCAAGAAUGAGGAAGAAAUGGGGAUCAACAGCUCAGAGUCCUGUUCUUGUUCCUAACUCUCGGAAGGAUUUAACGAAAGGGAUCAAACGUUUUCUCAAGUUUGGGAAGAAAACUCGUGCUGCAGAUAGUCUAAUGGAUUGGGUUUCUGUAACAACAUCUGAAGGAGACGAUGAUUUUGCUUACCGAUCAUCGGAUGAGUUAAGAAAAUCAAGAAUGGCAUCUUCUCAGAGUCAGUUUUUUGAGGAUGAACAAGCUUCAAACAAUAUGAUUCAGCCGCAUCAUCAUCAUCAAGGGAGCUUUAAAGUGAAAGAUGGCGAAUUUAAGCGAUCAUUCUUCUCACUUUCUACAUUCCGUAGCAAAGGAAACGACUCGAAGCCAAGAUAGCAGAAGACCAGAACCGAACUCUCUAUGUUUUCCUUUACAACAACACAAGUAUAAAGUUUGUAGUGUUGAAAAUGAACUACUUGAUUCGAUUUUUAAUAUCUAAACGAGAUGAGCAUUAUAUUGAUACUUAAGAACUUCAAAUUAAAUAUACAUAUAUCA